AUGUCCAGUCACAGUAGUGACGUUUAUGUCAUGGAGGACUCGGCGGAGCCGCUGACGACGGGGUCUGCAAACUCCCAGUCAAGGGGCCUGAUAUGCUCUUCUUCCUUCACCUCGUCGAGAUCGGCCAAUGAAGGGUGCAGCUGUCAACCAGCACCGGUGCCGGCACAUGUUGCUUGUACGGUUGGAACAAAUACGGAACAGCAGGUUGAGGAAUAUGUGACGAGCCUGCUGCAGAGGGGUAUCAUGGGUCUUAUGCACACCAUUGCUGGUGAUGAGUUUGCCUACCAUGUAAUGGAAAAAACCUCUCAGGGCGUUGAAAGAAGUUACAUCGAGCAGGUUAUAGGAGCCGCUCAAAGAAUGGUGGACUUUCUUCAUGAAUUGGGCAUGCGUCAAACACUACCAGCGCGAGUGAAGGAACCAUUACCAGAAGUUGCCGUGGUGGAUGUCAACGCUGAACCUGAGUGGUUGGCGGAGCUGCGGCUCUCGAUGACAAAAACCAAUAGUCUUCUUGAGGGCAUCAUCAAAACGAACGAGAAUGCGUCGACAGCCGUGGAUGCGGCGAACGAGACGAGUUCAAUUCCAGUGGUGCCUGCAGCUAUGUCGGUCAUGCCUUUUCCUCCACAGCAGGCACCUUCAUUUUCACCUUCUCUGCAGGCUGAGACGGGGCGUAUACAAGAACUUGAACUUGAGCUUCGAAGCAUGCAGGAACAACUAGCAGAGAUACAUCUGGUGUUUGCGAAGGAAGGAGUUGAUAGUGUAAUACCCCUCUACAGUGAACUACUGUCCCUGCGUGGUGCCAAGCGAGAAGCCGCAUUGCGAGACAUGGAAAGCACCAUGGCCUACCUUGCCACCCAGGAAUGCUGCUUUGAACAACAGCUGGAAACAAUUGAAAAACGUAAGCGUGCUCUGGACCUUGAAUCUUGUCGUCGCUUCUACCAAGGCGGAGACACCGUGGCCAGCUUGGCGGCGGAUGUUGAAAAAUUGGCGCAGCUGGGACGUCAGAUUAACUUGCUUCGUGAUGAAUAUCGACGGUGUGCGGCGGAGGUUGAUCCUAUGGUUUGCACCUCCUCCACUCCGUGCAAGGGCGAAAAACGACGGCGCACCUCGGUUGAUAGUUUCCGCAUUCUUCUUGAUCACCAGUCAGAAAGAGGUGAAGAGAUAAUGAUGUUACGCGAGGGCCUGAAUGCACAAAGACGGGAAACGGAGGAGUGGAGGCAGCGCUACGAAUCCGCCGUUCACGCGAUGAGUCCACCCCAGGAGAGUACACUUUUUACUUCCUUGUUACAGGAGGUGGAGGCUCGGGUCUCCCAGGAGGCGUCUGACAGAUGUGCACGUUUGUGUCGUCUUUUCGGUUGGGAACUGCUCCAGCUGAAGGAUAACGCUGUUUCCCUUGCACGUAUCAGCUGUGCGGAGGAACAGCUGACACUGUCAAUGCCGGACGCUUCGGAAUGUGAGAGGAAUGCCGUAGCGAGAAGUAUUGUGUUGGCGAAGAAGGUGUUGGAGAGCUCGGUGGUAAAUCGAGGAGAGCGUCAAGAAAGUCAGCACGCGGACGAGGAAAACAAUAAGGAAAUUGAGGAUGAAGUUUCCACGCUGGAGGAAAAGGAGGAGGCCGAGCCAACGAAGACGGAUUUGACGAAGGAAAUACCAUCGUCACCAAGUAAGGAAGGCCAUGAAUUAGACGAGGGUGCGGAUGAAGCGGAUACGAUUGCUGCAGGAGCACCACAACAGGAGGACUCUCCCUCAGAAAACACACCAGACUCAACAGCUAAAUUAGAGCCUUCCUUCUACAACAGCGGUCUGUGGGAAGAAUGA